GAUUAGAUUUACCAAAUCCGCACCAUAAAACGGUGAGGAGGAGGAGAAGUGAGGGUUUGCGUUCGUCCGUGCUUCCUUCCUCUUCCUACGUUCGAGAACCUCCCUCCCUUCUUCGGAAAACGCCAUGUCUUCCAAUGCUCGAACGAAACAAACCCGUGAUCACGCUCUGGAGUUCCAGGGCCUGUUGAACGAUUUGCAGAAUUGGGAGCGGUCGAUGAAUGAGAAGGACAAGAAACUGAAGGCAGAAAGUCGUGAUACUAAGAGAAAGGAUUCUGCAGCUAAGAAUGUUGGAAUGCUUAAAGAGGAGAAAUCGUCUGAGACCCAGAUGGCUUCACUUAAAUCAGUACCGAAUGUCCAACAGAAAAACAAAAGCAACUCUCAGUUCAGCUACAUGAAAAAUUCGGAUGAAAUAGCAACAAUGAGUUUUUCAGCCGAGGAAAGCACUCCAAAUGCUAAUUCUGAAAAGGAACAGGGUAAUGUAUAUUUCAAGCAGAAAAAGUUCACGGAGGCAAUUGAUUGCUAUUCUAGAAGUGUAGCAUUGUCUCCAACAGCAGUUGCUUAUGCGAAUAGAGCCAUGGCCUACAUCAAAAUUGGGAAAUUUCAAGAAGCUGAGAAUGAUUGCACGGAGGCCCUCAAUUUAGAUGAUCGCUAUGUCAAAGCUUAUUCAAGGCGUGCUACAGCAAGAAAAGAAUUGGGCAAAUAUCAAGCAUCAAUUGAAGAUUCUGAGUUUGCGUUGAGGCUUGAACCAGAAAAUCAAGAGCUCAGAAAACAGUAUGCUGAGGCGAGAGCAUUGUAUGAUAAGGGUAAUGCAAAGAAAUCUGCUACUGCUGUACAACGAUCUAUUGAUGCGCCAAAGACUGGAAGGUCAGCAGACUCAGCACCAGAAGUUAAACAAGUUCUUAAUAGUCAUUUGAUCCAAGAGACUCACCAGAGAGUUGCUCCAAAAUCACAAGCUGACCAUAUUAAGGGUGAAAGUGAUAUAGAUGGAAAGCAGAAGUCCAAACUCAACGUACAGGAGCUUGCUUCACGUGCUGCAUCAAGAGCUAUGGAAUCUGCUGCAAAAACUAUAACAACACCUAAGUCAGCCUAUCAGUUUGAAGUUCUCUGGAGGGGGGUUUCAGACAAUCGUGUAUUACAAACUAGUUUGCUGAAGACAAUAGAGCCGGUAAUGCUGCCUCAGUUGUUCAAAAAUGCGCUGUCUGCUCCAAUUCUAAUGGACAUUGUUAAAUGCAUAGCCACAUUUUUCAUGGAAGAUACUGGAUUGGCUGUUAGCAUGUUGGAUAAUCUGUCAAAGGUUACACGGUUUGACAUGAUCAUAAUGUGCCUGUUGGAUGCAGAUAGAGCUGAAUUAUGGAAGAUAUGGGAUGAAGUCCUCCUGAAUCAGCCCCUGGAUAUGGCAUAUGUGGAGACGCUUCAGAGGUUGCACCCGAAGUAUUGCCCUCAGAGACGUGAUACGAUUCAAUGACGGUGUUGAAGACAUGAUCUCUUGAACUGUAUAUGCACUUAAAAUAACUUGUCAAAUGCUGCAGCUAAACCUAUGUUGUUUGUACUGUUCAGGACCUCGUUUAUGAUGUGCGAUGUCCAUCUACCAGUCAUCCAUUUUGUUUGUCUACCAUCAGCACCCCUUUUUUGCCUCUCUAGUGGAAAGCAUUUUGAACUUUCA